CAGAGAAACUCCCAAACCCAUUACGUUUCUUAAUUCUCCCUCGGCCGAAUCGUCUCUUUCUAAAACCUCUCUCUCUCUCUCUCGCUCGCUCUCGCGGCAUCCAUGGCUUCGUGUCUAACGGAUGCGACACGGGAGCUAUCGUGCCGAGACAGCGAAGCAGCGACUCAUCUGAAGCUUAUCUCCAUCCUCGUAAUCUUCAUCACUAGCAUCAUCGGCAUCUGUUCUCCGGUUCUUCUCGCUCGUCUCUUCCAAGGAAAACCCGUCUAUGAUAAGGCACUUCUGCUGAUCAAAUGCUUCGCCGCCGGUGUAAUCCUCUCCACCUCCCUCGUCCACGUCCUCCCGGACGCCUUCGAUGCCCUUGCCGAUUGCAAAGUGGCUACCCAUCACCCCUGGAAGGACUUCCCCUUCGCAGGUCUCGUCACUUUGAUUGGAGCUCUAAUAGCCCUCCUCGUCGAUGUUUCUGCGACUUCUCACGUCCAUGGCAACAAGCCGAGUAAUUAUACGCCGAUUGGUACGCAGGAAGUUGAGCCAUCGAUUGAUUUGGGGAAGAAAUCGAAGUCGAGUGUGGACCCCCAAAUUGAGCUUGGGGUUGUGGUACAGGGGAGUUGCUAUGGCGGUGGGAGUCCACCGGCGGCAGAGGAAAUGGCAAAGCUGAAGCAGAGAUUGGUGUCUCAGGUUUUGGAGAUUGGGAUCAUAUUUCACUCUGUGAUUAUUGGGGUCACCAUGGGUAUGUCUCAGAAUCAGUGCACCAUUAGGCCUCUUGUUGCUGCUCUGGCGUUCCACCAGAUCUUCGAAGGGAUGGGCCUCGGCGGCUGCAUUGCACAGGUAAUCUCCUUCUUUGAUUUGGUACUUCAGUAGUGUAGUCUUCUUUCACUGCUCGUUCACUUUACUGGGUAUAUGGGUAAUUAGGCUAAUCCCACUAAUCCUUUCCUUUAACCCCAAAGCAGGUUACUCACACCGGUUGGCCCUUUAUUAAUAACAAUAUAAUAAUGUGAUUAGGUUGUCAUACUUUUGUGGCUCUGAAUUAUAAACCAAAGAGAAAUGGA